AUGCGGCGAUGAACGUCAGAGCAAUAAAGACCUGCAAACCAUGAGGAAAGUGUUCGGGGUACUUGGAAGUCUUACGCUGUGAAAUUCAAACAUCAGAUUAGAUAUGAAAAGACAGAAAAUAGUACACGGUGAAAGGCCUUUGAGUGACAGCCGAGGGAUGAAGCUGCCUUUCUUUUUAGGAUUAAUGGAGGAUGCCACUGAGGUCGCGUCUUGAAAUGAAGGAAAGGAAAUGAGUUUUAAACGGCAGAUUCAGAUAUUCAGAGGGCCCGAUGUUUAUAGUUCUGUUUUAUGGUGCAAUGUCAAAUACUUUGACUUUGUAGUUCUGCCACUGUGGAGGGAGCUUUUUUUAUAAGUUGUCAGGUAGUGAAACAGGCAAACCUACAUGUCAAGUCAGCCAUUAAAAUUAAAAUCAUUCAUGAUUUUAGUGCACAUCAUUGGAAUAUGCAUGCAUACAUACAUCUCAGUUCAUUUACUGAGACUGAUCUGUGUUCUUGUUGUACAUUAGAUACCAGUUCUCUUUGCUUGGUAUAAAAAUCAAUGUGCAAAUUUAAACUGAGUCACAUGAGACGUCCUUAAUCUUUGAAGCCUUUUCUUUUUCUUUUAAACUUUAUUCAACACUUUGCAUAGUAUGAAACUGCAAACAUAACAGAUAACAGAGCGGUCACAGACAUUUAUGUAAUCCCAAAAAAGAAAGAAGAAGAAAGGGGCAUAUCUUUACUCUCCACUCUGUGGAGAGCAUACUGUACCCAGGUGCUUGGUUUCAUUCAGUUUUGGUCCAUUCAUUGCUUCCUACUCUCACAUCAGUCCAUAUCUGGACUUGAAACUGUUCCUCUUAAACACUGUCCUAAGCUGCUGCUCCUGCUGCUCCUCCUGCUGCUCCUGCUGCUGCUUCUUCUUCUUCUUCAAAAAGGGAGAUCAAUUUAUCUUGUAAAGCUUUAAAAAAAAGUGUGAUAUCUCACUAGAUUUAAAAUAAAUACGGCAUAUAUUUUUUCUCCUGUGUUGUCCUCGAGCUGUAGUGGGAAGCACAUUCAUCACAAAAUGUGGGAAACUGCUGCAGCACAACAAAGGCGGGCACUAUUUUCUCAUUCCUCCUGGCUGGUAGCAUCAGUUUCUUCCCUGAUGGACUUUCAGGAAUAUUUUAAAAAGCUAUUACCAGCUGGAGAAUUAUAAACUAUUGUUCUGUGACUUUUUCUGUCUUUUUUUUAACUGUUCUAUUAAUUGUUUGGGUCUAAUUCCUGUGAUGUAAUGCUGCACCCUGGAUUAAUAUGUCAGCAGGAUUCAAACAGUAAUAAAAUCAGUCCAUUUCUAGAGCAGAGAGACAUCUGUGACUUUGUGAACCCGGAAAAAAAGGAGGGAACACAACUCCUGACAAAAAUGAUUUGUUGUUCCCUCCGGGCGGAUUAAUCUCUCGGAUGUCAGGUGAACUUUAAACCAGUGUGAUGGACUAGUUCUUAAACACGCCAGCGGAUUGUUUUAAUAACAAAUCUAAAGAGUUCUCCAAACUUAAUGGAGAGAUUAAUGUUUUAUUUAUUUAUUUAUUUUAUUUAUUUACUUUAUUUACAUCUGCUGCCACAGUUGUCAACAUCAUGUGUCACAAAUGGCAUAUAAUUAGUUGUCUUAAAUAAAGACUUUUGGUGGUAAGUGAAACAAAGCAGUGAUUAGUGCAAAAUAGCAUCAUACAGUGUGACAUACCAUUUAAAUGUAAGUUUUGGGGUAAUAGAUGAUUUUAUUAAUUGUUUGACACCUAAAUGAAGUGGUAUUUUGUCAAACUGAAUCUUUUUUUUACUUAAAUAAAACAAAAAAUGUUUCCAAUGUGAAAAGAUACUCGAUGUUACUCAAAUGUGGAAGCGGUAACUCAUAGCGGUAACUUUCAGUAUUUCAGGGGUUGUUUAAAUCUCUCUAUUCUUAUGGCAAACUAGUCAAGCUUUGUAUGAUUCUCAGCACACUAGACUUAUGUAACUGCACCAAUACAAACUACUUUGGCUUCUGUCUCUUUAAAACCCCUCUCCCAUUUUCUUCUGAUUAUGUCCGUCUCGCCUGGCUUUUGCAAAAAGAACCAAGAGUUUGUGAGCCUCACGUCCUCUGCUUGCCAGUUCAGAGGUUCAGAAAAACAAAAAAAAAAACAAAACAGCAAACCUAUCAUUUCUGGUUCUUGAUCGGAAAUGGCAACUCCGCACCUCCAUCUGCAUGUGUCCACAAGAAUCCACGGACAGCACAAACAUCUUAAGGAGCAACGAUUAAGACGGAGCAUGUCUGUUCUGUAAAUUUUGAGCUCAUUGUGUGCUAACUGUGUAUAUAAUAUAUAUAAAAAGUAUACAUCGGAUACUUCAUUAAUUAUACCUCGCUGAUAACGGGUUGGACCCCUUUUUGGGUUUAGAGCUGUUCUUGACUGACAGGAGCAGCACCUGAUCGUCUUCUGCUGCUGUAGCCCAUCUACUGGGGUGCUCAGGAGGUAGAGCAGGUCUACUAAUGGGAAGGCUGGUGGUUUGAUUUCCGGCUGCCCCAGUCUCCAGUUUACAUGCCUAAGUACAACUUGGCAAGAUACUGAACCCUAGGUUGCUCUCUGAUGUGUUCAUCGGGGUAUGAAUGUGAAUAUUAAAUAGAAAGCACUUAGGUGUAGAAAAAGUAUGAAUGAGUGAAUGAGGCAUGGGGUAUGUAUAUAGGCAUCCCUUUAGGAGACUAACAAGCAGCAAAUAAAUAAAAGAGAAUAACCUGUUUCCCUGUGUGCUACUUUAUAUCCCCGUGUUAUGUGGCCACUGAUGGCAGGGAAUUAAAAUGAAUGAAUCAAGUGGAAGAAGAGUUCUCUUAGUUGUGCAAGCGGCUCACAAAUGAUGAUUUUAAUUAGUUUACCACUGUGUCGUGGGGAAAAAUUUCGAGGGAAACAAACUGUUCAGCCCUUCUUGUUGGUUGGCAGUGUGCCAUAUGAGAUUGCUGUAUGGUUUAAAUCACUUUAGUGACAUUUGGAUUGAAUCAUACAACCUUAAUGCAGCCAGCUGUCAACAACCUUUCAUCAAAUUAAUUUGCCACGUUGGCCAGUGCUGAAGUAUUUCAUCGCUUCUCCAUUUAACUAAAACUGUCUUGUCGAGCUAAUAAAACUGAAACGCUGAUGCAACACAUUUGCCAAAAAACACAGGUGAUAUGUGACCAAACAGCUUUGUGCACUAUUUUAGUUUUAAUUAACCCCCAACUGAUGAUUUUCAAUGAAGCAUUCAGCGUUAUUUAUACAGUGGGGAUCAUGCCAGUGUUUUGGGGGAAAAGUAAAAUGCAAUACCAUCAUUAUCCGGUGGUCAAUUUGAGAUAUUUUAACCCUGGGUGGGAAAUCCAGGCAGGUAAGAGAAUAAUUUGGGUUGGUAGGCUUAUGGAUUACAGGUGUCAUUCCUAAGAUUUUUCCAGGUGCACUGUUUUUUAUUUUUAUUUUUUUCAUAGCCAGGUGAACCUGCAAAACCCUGAUAAUCCAGUAGAGCCAUACACAUCAUAUAGACGCACAUUCUGGCUGCCGUGCAUGUGGUGCCAAGGACGUACAAUCCACGUUGCCUACCAGAAAUGACCAAGAUUGGCACAAGAUUUGCGCAUCCUGAGCAUCACAAACAACCACGCAUGCUUAAACACAGGAUGCAGCUCGUGUAAAACUCGUGUCAAUCAGACUUAAGUGUCAGUUUUGUGCCCAACAUCAUUCACCGGGUUGGGCAAAUAUCAGAAUUGAUUGUUCAGUGUGAGGCCCGAUGCCACAAACACCAAACCUUAAGAUUACAUCCUCUCAACUAUUUAACUACCAACUCCAAUGCCAGAUCGCAUCCUUGAAUCAUCCUCUCCAGUUUGUCCUGCCUGGGCGGGGUGAGCGCGUGUGCCAUCCUGGCUCCUAUGGCAACCCGAUAGAUUAGCUCCAUCAAUAUUCACGUUAUUAGAAAGCGCGAGGCUUAUGGAUUAGUGAUGUCAGCGCUCAGUGAAAACCAGGGGCAGCUGCGUGCAUGUGUGUAUUCACCUUGCGCUGUGAGAGGGCUCAGAUAGGCUUUCGGGGGAGGUGGGGAUCAUGCUUUGUCAUUGAGGAGCUCAGCAGCAGCAACAGCAGCAGCAGCAUUCUCCCACUCCGGCACGUCCGACGCUCAGCAUGCUGCAUCCUGAUGCGCUCCCGUCUGCACUCAACGAGCUUACCUGGAUUUACAUGCAUUUGUCGUUUGGCGCUUUUACAUGAGCGUCUGAUCGCAGCCGCCGCGUAUUCGUUGACGCAUCUCAAUGUUUGAACCGGAGGAGAGCGGCACGUCCCAAGAGUCAGAUAAGAUACGACCCGUCCUGCGGACCUCCCCCGUCACUGUUUUUGCCUCCAGCGGCACCCCGAGUGUGUGAGAUUCAUGAUUCAUCCCCCCGCUUUCACGGGCUGUCCUUAGAGCGCAACCUCUUCUGCUUCUUCCAAAUGGAGAGAUUCCAGUCCUCCAUGCGCAAACGGCUCUACAGUUUGCCGCAAAACAUUGGGCAAAAGCCCUUUGUGACUGACGAAGGGGAGAACGGCGACAAGGACACUAAAAGGAAAAGUAUCGGGCUCAAACAUUUGUCCUCUCUGUCUCCCGCGAGCAGUUGCAAGAGCAUCGGGGAGGCCGGGGUCGAAGACUUUGAGAGGGACGUCACCGUGAAGACCAACUUGAAUGGGGACUGCCGCUUUUUUAGGGGCAGCAUCUCUUCCAUCUCCGGACGGCAUCCCCCCGGGUCAGAUUUGGCGGAGCAGAGGCGCCUCAUCCCCGAGGCUGAUGCUGGAGUCAACGAGAGUUUCCCCGGUGAGCACGGCCCGGCCCUGCAGCGGGCAACGGGUGGGCUGACCGGCAUAGUGGGGCAACCGUCACUGUUUGACCAGUCAACUUUCAUCAAGUUGGAGGGCACCGAGCAAAUAAUACCCGAAGAUGAGCGUCUCUACCAGGCUGGCUUCAUGCACCGGCAGUUUGGGGCGAUGCUCCAGCCGGGAGUCAACAAGUUCUCCCUGCGGAUGUUGGGCAGUGAGAGGGCCGUUGAACACGAGAGGGAACGCGUGAAGUCUGCAGGCUUCUGGAUAAUCCACCCCUACAGUGAUUUUAGGUUCUACUGGGAUCUGACAAUGCUGCUGUUGAUGGUGGGGAACCUCAUCAUCAUCCCCGUGGGCAUCACCUUCUUUAAGGACGAGCACACGCCGCCCUGGAUAGUCUUUAACGUCGUGUCGGACACCUUCUUCCUCAUGGACCUGGUCCUCAACUUCCGCACGGGCAUUGUCAAGGAGGACAACACGGAGAUCAUCCUGGACCCGCAUCAGAUCAAGAUCAAGUACCUGAAGAGCUGGUUCGUGGUGGACUUCGUCUCCUCCAUACCCGUGGACUACAUCUUUCUUAUCGUGGAGACGCGCAUCGACUCAGACUUUUACAAGACGGCCCGAGCUCUGAGGAUCGUCCGCUUCACAAAGAUCCUCAGUCUGCUACGGCUGCUGCGCCUCUCCAGACUCAUUCGUUAUAUCCACCAGUGGGAAGAGGUUUUCCACAUGACAUACGACCUUGCCAGCGCCAUGGUGCGUAUCAUGAACCUGAUUGGUAUGAUGCUGCUGCUGUGUCACUGGGAUGGCUGUCUGCAGUUUCUGGUUCCCAUGCUGCAAGACUUCCCCCCAGACUGCUGGGUCACCAGGAACAAGAUGGUGAAUGACACCUGGGGUCAGCAGUACUCCUACGCCCUGUUCAAGGCCAUGAGUCACAUGCUGUGUAUCGGGUAUGGCCUGUACCCUCCUAUUGGCAUGGCUGACGUGUGGCUCACUAUCCUCAGCAUGAUUGUGGGCGCCACCUGCUUUGCCAUGUUUGUGGGGCAUGCGACUGCACUCAUUCAGUCUCUGGACUCCUCCAGGAGGCAGUACCAAGAAAAGUACAAACAAGUGGAGCAGUACAUGUCCUUCCACAAGCUUCCUGCUGACAUGCGUCAGAGGAUCCACGACUACUACGAACACCGGUAUCAGGGCAAGAUGUUUGACGAGGAGAGCAUACUGGAGGAACUGAAUGAACCGCUGAGAGAGGAGAUCAUCAACUUUAACUGUCGCAAACUGGUCGCCUCCAUGCCCCUGUUCGCCAAUGCUGAUCCCAACUUCGUCACCUCCAUGCUGACCAAACUACGCUUUGAGGUCUUCCAGCCGGGCGACUACAUCAUCAGGGAGGGGACCAUCGGCAAGAAGAUGUACUUCAUCCAGCACGGCGUUGUCAGCGUCCUGACCAAGAACAGCAAAGACACCAAGUUGUCCGAUGGCUCUUAUUUUGGAGAGAUCUGCCUGCUGACCCGAGGCAGGAGGACUGCCAGCGUGCGGGCAGAUAACUACUGUCGGCUGUACUCUCUGUCUGUAGACCACUUCAACGAGGUGCUGGAGGAGUAUCCCAUGAUGAGGAGGGCGUUUGAGACUGUGGCGCUCGACCGCCUGGAUCGCAUAGGGAAGAGGAACUCUGUUCUUCAGCACAAAGUUCAGCAUCACCAAAGUUCUGGCACACUAAACCUUCAUGAGAGUGAGAUCAUCCAAAGAAUAGUGCAACACGACCGCGACAUGGCCCAAUGCACUCAGCUGAACCAAACCAGCACUGCGCCGAGUAUAAACCGUCCGCCUGCUCCUCCGUCACCCACCCCGGUCAUCUGGGCCCCGCUGGUUCAGGCUCCGCUCCAGGCUGCGGCUGCCACCACCCCGCUUGCUAUGGCCUUGGCCCACCAGUCCCAGCUUCCUCCAAUCCUCUUCCACCAUCCUCUGGUGCCACGUCCCGGCUCUGUGAAGGACCCGUCCAGCCAUUCAAAGAGAGUACAUGUUGGAGCCAGCGCCUCCAGUAGCUGUGGUUCAGGGCCCAAUUCUCCCGCUAGCUCUGCCAACCUUAGAUCUGAGGUUGAGACUGCCACACUAGCAUUCCCCAGGACACAGCAACUCUCCAGUGGGCCGUUGUCACCCACACUGACGUCUCAGCCCAUCUUCACCAGCAGCCUGCAGCCCCUCGCCCCUCUGCACACACACCAGCCUCUGCUCCAUCCUCCCCACUCUGGCAUGGCGUCGGUGUUUCCUAUCAGCCAGGCCACCGUCUCCUACACCUGCUCCGCUCAGCUCCACUCCCAGCCGUUUCACGGUGCUAUGACCACCCCACCACGACCGAUAGGUUUACUCCAACAGGGGGCACCAGGGAGGCUAGCAGGGAGAUUCCCGGCCCCCUCAGCCGCCACGUUAACCCCUCUUAUUUCAAGCUCAGUCGGCCCCAUACUGAGCCAAUUGCAGCAAACCUCCCACAUCACCUCACAGCAGGUGGGGUCCAGCAGUGACAGAGCAAGCAGGAGAACCAGUGGCCUGAACCUCCCACAUUUUCCCUUCAUCACCAACACCCAAUCCUCCGCUGGAUUUAAUCAGCCAGUGUCUGCAGUCGGAGCCGGGGCCGCAGCCUCUCUGGCCCAGCACAGCCUGGCAGGACUCCAGUCUGUUUUCCUCCCGCAGGUUCUCCCAGAGCACUCAGCCCUCGCCUCCCUGGCCCAGUAUGGCUCUGCAGAGGCCUCGCCUUGCUACACGCCUCCUGUCCACAGUCCCAGCGUCCAGAGCCCCGUGAGGGGAAGGACAGUAUGCCAGAGUGAGCUCCCCAGCACCGCGGACUCUCAUAGUCCUCUAACCCUUCAGACCUCAUGCCCUGCCAGGGUGGCCUGUACCCUCAAACAGAGGGCAGAGUCCUCGGUGGAUCUCUUUUCCCAGGAAAUAAAGACUAUCUCAGGCUCUCACAGCUCUAUACACCAGGAAAGGCCUUUGGCCAUAAGCGGCUCCUCUGAGGGUGUAGCAGGGGCGCCCAGCCCCUUCUCCUCACCGAUGGCUGUCAGUAAACCCUACACCCCAAUCCCGGGUCAAGCCACUCCUGUCAGUCGGACACAUUCAGGGCCUGAGCCUCAGCACCAGUCCGUUGGUUUUCACUCUCCUCCCAUUAGAUCUCCCGCUAAAAUGUUAGAGAAGGAACACAAACAGUCCAAACUCCCGUCCAAUUUGUGAGAUUUAGACACACCCUCCUUUAAUGCCUGAGUGAAGGGAAGAUAUCCUGCAGCUGGCAUCAUUUUAACCACUAUGUCAAAUUUUGAAGUAGGAGGGUGUGCUAUUCUAAUCAGAUUGGAGCUCAGUGGUUUCGUUUUUAACCAGAGUGAACGGAUCGAGUUUGAUAAUGGACAGUGGCAGAUAUAUAUUUUUUACAGGAUACUGCGUCUUUAAAAAUGCUAAUAACAUCCAAACUGUAUUGAUGGGUAUAUGUAACACCUCAUGAAAGUAUCAAUUGUUCCGUGUAUUAUAUUCUAACCGCACUCUGUGAUUUGUAUUUGUUUAAAACCCCAUCGUCCAGGCAAUUUGUGUAACCUUUUAGCCACAUCCUGUUUAGUUGGAACGUCGUCCACAACCGUAUUCAGUUAUGAUCAAAACCAAAAAAAAAUUGCUGUCCUCUGUUCACAUCCUUUCCCACUGCUGAGAGCGUCGUGUGAACGCAGGGUUACUCCGUAAGAGAUGUGAGGAGAGACAGACUGUGCACUUUGCUCGUUUCAGAAAUAACCUGAAGGCUUGACGAUGGCACGUCUUCCAAGAUAGCUUUCCAGCAAUAUUGCACACCCAAAUGGGUCACACAGAUCAGAUAGUAUUUAAAAAUACAUCUAAGUAAUGAAUGUAAUGAAAAUGCGUGAGUGGGAGGAGCGGGAUUCAUUUUGAAUGUGUUUAAACAUGAAGGUGAUGACGGAUUUCACAAUAGAUGCCAACUUAUUUCAGUCUGGCAAUAACUUUGGUACAAAACAUCCACCUGAGCCGAGGUUUGUGUGCCAUUAGCAUAGUAUGCAAUAAUCUGUGUGUUCUUUUAUUUUGUUUUUUUACUGGUAUGCAAAGGUACUGUGAAUCGAAGCACUUGUAUCAAUGAGUGAGAUUCUGAUUUGAGAUCAGACUCAUUAAAACAAGGGAACUGAAUUUUUAAAAAAAGCAAUUGUCGAUAAUCAAAACAUCCUGAAACCAGCGAUGCACUGAGAUUGCUCUGAAUGUUUCUUGCACCAGUCAAAGGGCUAAAAGCAGUUUCCUGGACUCACGAUCAAUGAGAACCCCUGAUGGGUCAUAUUGCUGCAUAUUUACCUCUUUCAUUGUACAAUAUUUGAAAGAUUUGACAUGUGUUGUUGAACAAUUGCUGCUUUGUGAUGCUAUGCUGAAUCAAUAACGUGUAUAUCAACUGACUUACUUUUUAAAACCAGACUCUUAAAUCCUCCUACUUGUUAAUAAGUUCACGUGUUUAGAUGAUGCGUCUACCUUUGUGGACCUGCAGCCGGUGACAAACUGAGCCGCGAGCCGGUCGGCAGGUCGGACCAUCAGAGGAUCCUGUCCAGUGGCUUUAGCUGCCUGGUUGGUGAGCCUGAGGUUUGCAAUGACUCUGAGUUCCCCAAGAAAGAGAUACCAUCAGACACUAGCCAGCCUCUGCCAAUGGGCUCGAUCAAUCCUUCAUUACUAUUCUCCUCCAACCGCCUGCCACAGGCAUUUGCUUAGAGGUUAUUUUGAGUGCAUUCAACUUAAAAGUGUGUGUGUGCGUGUGUGUAGGAGGUGUCAUUCAUCCAACCAUCCAUUCAUAUAUUUAUUUAUCAUUUUGCUGCCUUUUAGCCAUCGAAUCUCAUUCUUUUGUCACCUGUAUGUUACAGACAUUUUAUUUAAGCCUCCAAAUUCAAUGCAAUAAAAUGACAUAUGGUUAAUUACUCUCACCUCAACCGUUUAUUUCCUUCCAGGAGGAGAGUGUGACACGCAGGGGGAAUCUGAUAAUAAAUGAUGGCAAAGUUCUAGACUUUAAGCCGGAUUAGAAAUUGAGAACUGAAUGGUGGUGUCUGGUGCCAACAAUGAAAAUAGCCAGGAUUAUAAUCUACUCAAUACAAAGAAAUUAUCUACCACGUUCAUGGAGCGAUAACUGCUGGAUUAGUGAGUAAACAGAGAUUUUAAAUGCAGGGCUACUGCAAAGUGUUAUUAACAGACCUGACAGACCUGAUGCUCCAUAUCCUUAAAUAACUUCACUAGAUCAGCUGGUUUUGGAAGAUUGCAUUAUCAUAUAAUGAUCUACUUAAUUUUUCCUGUCCUUUUAUGUAACUCUAAAUUUAUAAAUAUUUCUCUUUAUAUCAACACUUUGCAGUAUUCAGGGAUUAAAAAUCAUGAAACACCAGUCAGUGGAGAUUUCUGGAUAUCUGAUAUCCUCAGUUAAUGCUUAAAGAUGAGCAUUAAUUUAAUCAAAAAUGUAAAAACUAUGAAAGAAAUAAUCACAUGAGAAAACAUCCAAUAGAAGAUUCUUUUUUUUGCCUAUAAUUUGUCUAUUAUAGUUUUGGAUAUUUAAUUCUAGCAGCUUCCUGUUCAUUCUUACAACUAAUCCAGCCAAUCACAAUGGCCCUAACCCAGCAGCCCACCAAAAGCAGUCCAAUCCCCUUGAUGGCUUUGGGAAGUGUGGAAAUUUCAAAGGAGGGCAUCGACUUUGAAACUCUAACAGUAAUUUCGUGUUUUGCAAACUUGCAAUCCACAUUAAAAAACAAAAACAAAAAAAUUCAAUAAAACAAUUUUGUUUAAGAGAAAAGCAAAUUCUCCGCCACCCCCCACUAUUCAAAAUAUAUUUUUACUGAUUUCUUCAUAAAGUGGAAAAACUGACACUUAUUUUUUAAAUUAUACUU